UAUUUUAGACUUACCAAAAUACAAUGGAUAAGAACUUUCAAGAAGAACAGUGUACUGGUGUGAUCAAAUUCACACCACCACUGUACAAACAACGUUACCAGUUUGUUAAAGACUUAGUGGGAAAAUACAAACCUAAGAAGGUGGCAGAUCUAGGAUGCGCAGACUGUACACUUCUCUGGAUGCUGAAAUCCUACAAUUGCAUUGAAGUGUUAGCUGGGCUAGAUAUCUGUGCAAGUGUGAUGAAAGAGAAGAUGCAUAGGUUGUAUCCUCUUCCUGGUGAUUAUUUGCAGCCAGCUGAAAGAUCCCUAACAGUUACACUGCAUCACGGCUCAGUUGCUCAUGAAGAUCCCUGCAUGCUUGGUUUUGACUUGGUAACAUGCAUUGAAUUGAUAGAGCACCUGGAAGAAUCAGAGCUAGAGAAGUUUCCUGAAGUGGUGUUUGGUUUCAUGGCUCCAACCAUGGUGGUUAUCAGUACUCCAAAUUCCGAAUUUAACCCCUUGCUUCCAGGAGUGACAAUUUUCAGGCAUCAAGACCACAAAUUUGAAUGGGACCGAGCACAAUUUCAAAGUUGGGCUUUAGAUGCUGCUAAACGCUAUGAUUACUCAGUGGAAUUUACUGGUGUAGGGAACCCCCCAACAGGAAUGGAGGAUGUUGGGUUUUGUACCCAAAUAGCCGUGUUUGUUAAAAAAUAUCCUCAAACCAGUGAACCAGCACAGUCUAAGAAACCCAUUGAAGCAGCGUACAAAACAGUCUUCAAAGCAGUGUAUCCAAGUCUUAAAGAUGAGAAGUACCUGCAGAAUGCAGUGGUCACUGAAGUUAUGUUCACAGCACAUGUCAUUAAGCGAAGUCUGCUGGACCAUUUAGUGUCAGAACAGGAGAACUAUAAUGAUGAUCCUACUGAGAGAAAAUUGCAACUCCAACGUUCAGUGAACUGUUUUUCAGAAGAUCUUGAAACACUGGCUGUUGAAAAAAGCAUGAAGCCACUUACCAAUGGAAGUGUGGUUUAUAUACCUCUAAGAAAAAUAUUUUCUUUUCCCAAAGUGAAUCGACUUUGUGGCACCUUUGAGAAGUUACGCGAGCUUAUUACUGGGAAGGUCACACUGAGCAGUGAUGGUUCUGCUGUGGUGCUCAAUACUGAACAUGAAAACGAAGAGAAUUAGAUCACAGAUUUCUCAUUUAAAGUUAAAUUAAAGUAAUGAAAGCAUUGACUUUAGUAGCUGUAGAAUGGUAUGUUUUGUAUGCUAACUAUAACCACAAAAUCAUUCUUAAACUUCCCAGUUGUGUAUCCCUCAGCACCUCUCUCACUUACUGAUAGAUGAAUGGUUCUGACAAAGAUUCAUAAUCACACUUCAGAUUUUGAGGUGGAGUAUCAGGUGCUAAAGAAGAGUUAACUUCAUGAAGAAAAAUUAAUUGUGUGUUUGCCAUUACUAUGUUGAAGCUAUCAUGACUAGACUCUUCUUGGUAAUCUUUUGCUAGCUUCAAGGACAGUUGAUAACACAGAACUACGUUGUUAUGCUGAAUAAUAGUGUCAGACAUAGAUUUAGGGCAAGGUUGUUUUUUGUUUUGUUUUUAAUAGAAUAAAAUUUAUGAAUGCCUUUUUCAAGAUGAGCAUAUGCCCAGCCUUGGUAAAAACCAAAUGUUAUUCUAGGUAGAUGUCUGUGACAUUCCAGUUUAAAGGUCAGUAAAUUCAACAAUGGCAAAAAGUACAAGGAUGUUGAAUUUAAGGUGACAAAAAAGGGAGAUUUAGCCCUAUUUCUUUAUCCAGUCUCUCGUUAACUGCUGGUUGGGGAAAAUAAUACGCAUCUAGCAACUUUCCAGAAGCUGAAUUUCAGUAAUUUGAAACUGCUAUCUUUGACUGUUCUGUUUUUGAAAAAAUAAAAACCCCAUCAUUGUGAAUGCCAACCUGGACCCAGUUAUGAAAAAAAUCUGCUUU